AUGGAAUGUGGUCUUGAAAAGUACGAAACCGAUGGCAGAACCAGCAUUGAGGAGAUGAUGUUAAUCGACGUCAUCGUCGAAGGAUGCGCAUCCCAAGAGUUGCGUCGAAGGAUUCUGGAAAAGGACAAAUCACUAGCUGACAUUGAAGCGUUAGGAGCAUCACUGGAAAGCGUUCGAGAUCAGGAGAGGGAAAUGAAUGUCGGUGAGCAGCGCGACCGUCCAGCAGAGGUGUACAAAGUCUAUGCAGCUGACAGGGUAAAAACGGAUCACAAACCCGAACACACUGUAAACCUUUUCCCCAACAAGCAGAUGAAAACGGACAAAGAAAUGUCUACAAGAUGCUUUGCAUGCGGCUUAGUUGGACAUGUGUCCAAAAGUCCAACCUGUCCUGCUAAAGGCAAAAUUUGUCGUCGAUGUAAAACUGUUGGGCAUUUUGAAAAAGUAUGUCGCAAGCGUCCAACUCCUGUACGUUCUUUCGCGCCAGCGAAGAAAGUAAACUUGAUAGAUCAUGCAGUUGAGCCGGAACAAACGCCUAAACUGGUGCCAGAAGAUGCAGAGAAGAAGGUCUAUUAUACGUUCCACGUCGGCAACAACACAAACGUAUUCGUGUGCAAGGUCGGAGGUGUUUCGGUUGAAAUGUUAAUUGACUCUGGAUCAGAUGUUAAUCUAAUAACAGCAAACACUUGGAAUGACCUCAAGCGGCAACAAGUACAAAUAACCAAAUGUGAAAAAGGCAGCACGAAAAUUUUGAAAUCGUAUGGGAACGACAAACCCCUAGAGAUUUUGGGUACAUUCCAGGCACAGGUUGAAGUUGGCAACAAAAUCAUUAAUGCCGAUUUUUUUGUUACGGCUAAUGGUCAACGUAACUUACUGGGGGAUGUGUCAUCGAAACAGCUUGGCAUUCUAAGAAUCGGCAUGGAGGUAGAUCAGGUUGCUGAAAAUAAGGCUAUCCGUUGUGCGUCAUUUCCCAAAAUCGCAGGAGUCAAAGUUCACAUCGAAAUGAAUCCCAACAUGGCACCGAUUUUCCAACCAGUGCGCAGAAUUCCCGUUCCACUGGAAAAUGCGGUUAAUGCCAAACUGGAUGAGCUUCUGGAAAGAGACAUCAUCGAAGUUAAGAACGGCCCAGCCUCCUGGGUUUCGCCUCUUGUUGUUGCAAAUAAAGCGAAUGGUUCUAUACGUCUGUGUGUGGACCUAAGGCGUGUCAAUCAGGCAGUAGUACGCGAGCGGCAUCCGAUGCCUGUAAUCGACGAUAUAAUUUCCAAAAUCGGAAAAGGCAGGAUCUGGAGUGUUCUUGAUGUGAAGGAUGCGUUCUUCUUAUUAGAACUGGACGACGAUUCUAAAGACAUAACUACAUUUAUUACACACCGAGGCUUAUACAGAUUUAAGCGACUGCCGUUUGGAUUAGUGUCGGCCCCAGAAAUCUUCCAACGCACCAUGGAUGAGAUGUUAGCGGACUGCGAAGGUGCGUAUUGGUACCUGGAUGACGUCGGCGUUGAAGGGAAAACUUUGGAGGAACACGAUUCUCGCCUCGAGAAGGUCCUUGCAAGAUUUGAAGAAAGGGGUGUCGUUUUAAAUUGGGAGAAAUGUAAGAUGAGAGUUACGGAAUUUGAAUUCCUGGGAUUCAAAAUCGAUUCAAAUGGCAUCGAACCAUCAGACGCAAAAAGGGAUGCUGUUAUGAGUUUUCGUCGACCAUCAAACGAAAGCGAGGUCAGAAGUUUCCUCGGCUUGGCCAAUUAUAUGGGAAAGUUUAUUCCUAAUCUUGCUGAAGUUGAUGAACCGUUACGUAAACUCACUCAAAAGGCGAUACGUUUCCAUUGGAACGAUGCCGAAGAAAGUGCUUUUAACAAAAUAAAACUCCUAAUCGCCAAUGCUAAAUCGCUGGGGUUUUUCAAAAUGGAAGAUAAUACAGCACAACGCAUUCCACGACUGGAAAAGCGCCAUCCGAACUUAUGUUCGGACGACGGUUGCGCUCAAAGCUUCCUAGUGUGCCGUUACUUGGCGAUUCAGAUGAAGCCAUGCGAGAUCACGAUAUGCUGGAAAAAGAAAAAGGAAGAUUAUACGCCGACAACCGUAGAAAAGCUAGACUUAGUGGAAUUGAAGUGGAGAUACAGUAAUUGCGAAGCGACUGAGAAAGGAGAAUAA